AUGAGAGCUUUUACAUCUUUUACAGUUUUACUAGGUAGCCUAGCCUCACUCGUUGAAGCUGCACCAUUUGACCCACCCUCGGUCAGAUUUGUUUCCCCUUCAAAGCUCAUCCCCGGCAGCGCACAAAACGUUGUUGUUGAAUAUUCUGGCGAUGUUGACGGGCAAUUGACUUUGGUUUACGGGUCAUGCGACGGUGAAGCUGUUGUGUCAGAGGCUAAGCAACGUAUUGGAUCCACACACGUUGGCCAACAUCCACUGGCCGAGCGUCAUCUUGAUCACCAUGGAAGGCGACCAACCAAGUUUGUUUGGUUGGCCCCAGAAGACCUUCCUUCAGGCUGUCUGCGUGCCUUCCUGGACGACGAACUCGUUGGCCAAUCUGAUGAGCUCGUUACAGCCAGGAGACUGAGUCGACGAAGCGAGAAGAAAGCGGCGUUUGCAGACGUAGCUGGAGAUGACAGCAUGUGGUUCGAUGGUGUUGCAUAUCUCAAACAGAAGCAACCCGACGAGGCAUUCGUCGCCGCAGCCAAGACCAAGUCCUUCGGCAUUCUGGGUGGCGGCAUGUCCGGACUUCUAUCGUCUCUUAUUCUUGACUCGGUCGGCAUUCACAACUGGAAGAUCCUCGAGUCUUCUGAGCGCAUUGGCGGUCGUAUAAGAACAGCGUAUAUGAACGGUACCUCUCCAGAGGACGGCCAAUAUCAUGAACUUGGACCUAUGCGAUUCCCUUAUGAGCUCACCGAUUCCGAGACUAACGAGACCUUUCCGUUUAUGGACCAGCGCAUGGUCUUCCAAUUGGCUGACGUCCUCAACGAGAUGAACGCCGGGAGCAAGUCACUUCAGGUUGAGUUUUGGGACUGGAUCCAAAGUUCACCAAACACACCUGUCGAUACACCUUUUCGCCGUCCAGAUGGAACGUUUCCUGGCAAGACUGAAGUGGCAAAUGACCCUGCCUACGAGAACCCGACUGUGUACCACAAUGCCACGGCCGCGAAGGAAGCCAUCAAAGCUUUGGACGACUUCAAGGGCUUGGACCCUGAACGUAUCCGCAUGUACACAAAGAACAUCUUCAAAGCCUACAAGCAAGCUAAGGAGGACGGGGGUUUUGACUAUUCCGAAGUCUCAUACCUACGAGACGUUAUCAAGACCGAUCUCAACACCACAGACGAGGUCACGCCGUCCCAGAACUAUUGGCCUAUGUGGGAGUACGAAACUGUAUACUUUCUGGCUAGCAAAUGGGUGACUAUUAAAGGUGGUCUCAGUCGUCUGCCUGCUGCGUUUGAGCCUCAUGUGAGGGACCGAAUUCAGUACAACUCCAAGAUCAACGGCUUGCGCUACAACAAAAAUAAGACUCUCUCGGUAUCAUGGAAACCAACUGGCUCUGAUCCUUUCAAAACCCCUAACAAGAUCGAGAACUUUGAUUAUGUGCUCAACAGCGUGCCGCUCAACCUGCUCAAGUUUUGGAAACUUCCGCGAUACUCGAGCCUGCUGAAGCGCGCCAUCGAUCGUACUCUGUUUGCGAACGCUUGCAAGGUCGUGGUUCAGUUCAAGACACGAUUCUGGGAACAACUCGAGAGACCCAUCUUGGGUGGCUGCACUCGUAUCACCAGUCCCCAACUCGGCCAGGUUUGCUAUCCAUCGUGGCACCUCAAUGCCACAGGACCAGGAACUCUGAUGGCCUCUUACCUCUCUGAUUAUGAGGCUACCGCUGCUUGCGCCAUGUCGGAGGAGGAGCACAUGUCAUAUAUCAAAGACGCUCUCACAGAGAUACAUGGUGAUGUAGUCGAUGAGAACUGGACUGGCACCUGGGCUCGCCAAUGCUGGGAGCAAGAGGAGCACCAUGCAGGUGCUUUUACCAUGCAGAUCUUCUCACAGCAGCACUUGUAUCUGCCUGCAUUUUACCAAACAGAGUUCAACACUGUUUUCAUUGGCGAAGCAGCUACCUUCACACAUACCUGGCUUUUCAGUGCUUUAGAGAGUGCUACUCGGGGAAGCGUGCAGCUGCUCUUGGAUUUGGGCCUUGUAGAUGAGGCUAAGCAGGUAACUAAGACUUGGAUGGCCCGCUGGAUAGAUUUAUAA